AUGAAUUGUGAAAUAGUUGUUGAGCAAUAAAGAAAUAAGGUAAAAGAAUGUCUUUAAGGAGUAUAAUAAGAGUUAGAUGUAAUAUAAGAAUAUCAUUAUUAGUUAUCUUUCAGCAGAAUUGACAAUUUUCUUGAUUCUUCUUCAAAAUAUUGUUAAUCAUACUCCAAAAUUUCAUUAAAUAUCAUUGUCUUCUAUACAAAACUUUGCUCAUUCAUUAAUUCAACAAAUUAAACCUAUGAUCACUAAUUAUUAACAAAAUCAAUUAAAUCAACAUUAGUUAGUUCAACAGGAGAAUCAUCAUUAAUCAAAUUCUAAGCCAUUCACUUAUGA